AUGGCUGAGGUCGAGGCCAAAUACGCCAUGCAAGCUGCGCGUCAGACUGCCAUGGGCAGUUAUUUGAAGGGAGCGAGGAAAAUGGCCGAGUCGCGAACAAGCGUCGGUAGUCAAGAUGCUUCAAAACCUCGGUCCACUCAGUCUUUGAAAGGCAAACGCAAGAAAAUGAGCGAAGUUCGGACGCCGAGUGAAGCUAUCUUGGAUGAUUUGAUCGACGGCUCAUCUACGAUCUCUACAACAUCCGAUCCUAUGGAAUCUGUGUUCUCUGCAGAAUCUUCAGGGACCUCAAUGACAGUAUCCUUCAGGGAUUAUACGAUUGUAUUGUCACGCGAGCUGGUCGAGGCCGUAGCACGAGUGUUUGUAUCCGUUAUACAGUCAGACCAAGUACUAGGACCCAUAUACGAAUCUGUUCGCAACGACACCGCUGUUUUGCCAAGGGAAUUACGUAGAGACAUAUAUCCAACUCUUCUAGCGUAUGCACAGAAUCUCGAAAACGAAGCCAAGAACCGUCUCGAAUAUAUUGCAUCAAGUAUCGUGCGUACUGGAGCUGGUCACGCCGCUCGAUGCGUUAGUGGUGACUACAAGUUCACACAUGAACCAACGAAAGACGCAGACGAUAGCUCUGAUGAAGUUCAAGAACAGCCCAUCGAUGAGCGGCAGUCCGAUGACGAUCUAGAUGCUUUCCGGUUGUUCUUGAUACAGAGCAAUGCUUUUGCGACACUUCGAACUGAGACGCAAUUGUUAUAUCCCUCUCGACCUAUCAUAACGGCCACCGAGGAUUCCGAAACCCACGUCGGAGAAGACAUACCAGAGCACACAGAAGGCGGUAGAUCAGGAAAAGUUCUCAUACGUAUAUUCAACGAUACAGCUAUGUUCAUAAUGAUAAAUCUCCUUGUAUCAUUGGAAUGUCUUGAACCUCCUUUGGAGACUGGUUGGACUCGAAUCAAGAUCGAAUGCCACACAUGUGGUGAGCGCUUCUUUGACGAUGUUCUAGAGCAUCGCGAAGGCGGUAUAGCCCAGCUGAAGCAAUGGAUGGAACGUGCCCUGGAUGCGACAAUCACAGUCGUCCACGCCAGGGAAGAGGCUGCUUCUACUCACGGCCGUUGGCACUCCCCUGCACUGUUCAUACUUCGCAUGGGUAACAGAUUAGAAGUGCGUGACCACAGAGAUUGCUGCAAAACCAGCUGCAACUGCUUGCCUCCACGUGAUCAUCCAGAUUACGACUUCGCAUGCCCUCUGGACAGCACGUACCCAGUAAUACCACCAAGAGCCUUCGCACACAUGCUAAAGCACACAAGACGAGACGUCCAUGAGGAUCAAACUCACAUCUAUAGAUGGGUACCAAAACGAAGGGGCACGACGUUCGAUGUGGAUCCUAAGACAGAACUGGCAGAUGCAUGGGGUCUUUACUUCGAGGAAGGUUGGGAUCCGAACGAUAUCAUGACCCUCUUCGGCCUGGUCUUCGUCGUCAGUUUGAUCUUCCUUGUAUGCUGGUCAAAGUACACAUCAGAUGUCUCUGCUGCGUCGGGUGUCAGUUCUUACAUGAUCACUGUAGCUGGCAUUACGAUUUCCCUGCUUGUUAUAAGAGCUGGCAAUAUGUAA